CACACACACACACACAUACACACACACAGUGAAUCCAGCUGUUUUCUCACCACCUCUGCAGUCAUCAGAAGUUUUGUGUUGCAGGAUGUCUGCAGGAACCAGUCUGGUGUCGGUGGACUUUGAGAUCUUUGGUCACGUUCAGGGUGUUUGUUUCAGAAUGUACACGGAGAGCGAGGGUCUGCGGCUCGGCCUGGUGGGCUGGGUGAAGAACACCUCCAGCGGGACGGUGGUGGGUCAGGUCCAGGGUCAGGCCGACAUGGUGGAGGAGAUGAAGGUUUGGUUGAGUAAAGAAGGAAGUCCAUCAAGUCGAAUCACCAGAGCUUCUUUUACCAACCAGAGGUCCAUUGAUAAGAUGGAAAUCUCUGGCUUCAAGACUCGUUUCUGAGCAGCCAGGCUGAUUCUCCUCCUCCUCCUUCAUACAAACCACAGAGAACCACAGAUAAUCACAGAGAACCACAGAGAACCACAGAUAAUCACAGAGAAUCACAGAUAAUCACAGAGAACCACAUAUAAUCACAGAGAAUCACAGAGAACCACAGAGAAUCACAAAGAACCACAGAGAAUGACAGAGAAUCACAAAGAAUCACAAAGAACCACAGAGAAUCACGAAGAAUCACAGAGAACCACAUAAAAACGCAGAGAACCACAGAGAACCACAGAACCACAAAGAACCACAGCUAACCACAGAAAAACACAGAGAACCACAGAACCACAAAGAACCACAGCGAACCACAAAGAACCACAGAGAAUCACAGAGAACUACAAAGGAUCACAGAGAAUCGCAGAAAACCACAGAGAACCACAAAGAACCACAGAAAAUCACAGAGAACC